AUCAUAUAUACAUAUCUCUACAAAUAUCUUGCGUAAUAAGUAAAGAUUACAAUGCUUAGCACAGUUCAUCGUCAAUUUAAAACAUAUUUGACAGGAUACACUGUGACUACAUUUACAUGCUUAUCUGUUUUAAUAACAUUUGUAGUUAUAACCACUAAUUAAAAAUAUCGUGCAAACGCUAGUUUACGCCGGUAAUAUAAUAUCAGUUAUUACUCGUUAUCUAUAAGCAGUCGACCUACAAGUAACAGCACAAGUGAUCUGUGCACUAUGGCAGCUUUAACAUCAGCUAAAAACGCCUUGAGAAAAAAAAUGAAAAAUACUCUUCAAAAUAUUAGCUUACAAGAAAAAAAGGAACAAUCUAUAAACGUGAUGAAAAAGCUAUGCACACUGAAGCAAUAUCAAGACAGCAAGAGAAUCUCGAUAUAUCUAAGUACCAAGGACGAACUUGAUACUUUGCCCAUCUUAAAACAUGUAUUUGACACUGGAAAGGAAGCAUUUGUUCCACGAUAUCAAGGAAAAACUAUGGAAAUGGUAAAACUAAUAUCACUAGAGGAUUAUGAGUCAUUACCGUUAACAAAAUGGAACAUUAAACAACCAAGCCUCACUGAAUAUCGUGAAAAUGCAUUGGAAACAGGUGGAUUAGAUUUAAUAAUAUUACCAGGUGUUGCUUUCACAAUGAAUGGAAAACGUCUGGGGCAUGGAAUGGGUUAUUAUGACAAAUAUUUGAAAAUAUGCUUUAAGAGACAAACCAUAAAGCCAUAUCUAAUUGCAGUAGGAUUUAAACAACAGAUACAACAGGAUAUUCCUACUAAUGAAGACGAUGUGCCUGUUGAUAUUGUAUUGGUCGAUAAAUAGGGGAUAUAUAAAAAUAUAAAAGCUUGUAAUUUUACUUCAUGUGUGACAUGAAUAAAAUCAUUUUAUCUUAGGGGAAAAA